CGGGCCGGGAUUUCGCAGGGGUAGCCCAGCGGUUGCAGCUGCGGCGGAUCCCUCGGCACUGCCCGCCGCGCGGCCGGGCAGCCCAGGGCCGGGGGCAGCUCCGCAGAGUCGCGGGGCGAGAGGAGGCGGGCGCCCGCAAAGUGGCCGGGCCGGGCCGGGCUGGGACGGGGAGAGGGGUGCCGGGGAGCCCGGAGCCGGGCGCCCGGGUGCCUCGCGUGGAGCGGCGGUGCGCCCGGGAGGCGAGCCGACGCUCGGGAACGAGCAGGCAAAUCGCUGCUUCCCCAAAGACGCUAAGUUACGCAGGCCAGCCGGUUCCCGGGGAGCGCGCGUGGAGCCGCGCCGCGCCGCGCCGCAGAGCCCUCCCGGGCCGGCCGGCGAGGAGCGGGGCGCCGGCACCCCCAGCGCGGGGUCCGGCCGGCAGUGCGCCCCGGGACUGAGCGGCGGCGUGCGAGGCUCCUCCGACCCGCCCGCAGCCCGCGCCCUACUCGGGCGCCUCCUCCGUGCCACUCCGGGAGCGAUGCCCCCCGCCCCCCGCGCCCCCCGGGAGCGACGCGAGCAUGGAGAAGUCGAGUAGCGAGGAUUCUUCGAUCCACCGGAGUCCAUCUUUGGACAGCAAGGACUCGGACUUUGCCAAACCGUCCACCUCGGGCCGCCCGUUCGGCCGCGGCUUCACGGCCGGCGCCUUCUACGGCACCGCGGGCUCCCGCAGCCAGAGCCGCGCCGAGGCUGGCGUGAAGACCGACAAGUACAAUGCGCCCAAAGGCAGCAAGUACGUGGUGUUUUACCUGGACCUGUCCUUUGUUCUCCUCCUAGAAUUUAAGAAGUGCAACAUGGCCAGAGGCUGCCUCUGCUGCUUGAAGUACACGAUGUUCCUCUUCAAUCUGAUAUUCUGGCUCUGUGGCUGUGGACUGCUUGGAGUGGGCAUUUGGCUCUCCGUGUCCCAAGGCAAUUUUGCCACCUUCUCCCCCAGCUUCCCAUCACUGUCUGCAGCCAACCUCGUCAUCGCCAUAGGCACCAUCGUCAUGGUGACGGGCUUCCUCGGCUGCCUGGGGGCCAUCAAGGAGAACAGGUGCCUCCUCCUGAGUUUUUUCAUCGUCCUGUUGGUCAUCCUCCUGGCGGAGCUGAUAUUAAUUACCCUCUUCUUUGUCUACAUGGACAAGGUGAACGAGAACGCCAGGAAGGACCUGAAGGAAGGCCUGCUGCUGUACAACUCGGAGAACAACGUGGGGCUUAAGAACGCCUGGAACAUCAUCCAGGCCGAGAUGCGGUGCUGUGGUGUCACCGACUACACAGACUGGUACCCGGUGCUGGGGGAGAACACGGUUCCCGACCGCUGCUGCAUGGAGAACUCCCAGGGCUGUGGGCGCAACAGCAGCGCCCCCGUGUGGAGGACGGGCUGCUACGAAAAGGUGAAGACGUGGUUUGAUGACAAUAAGCACGUGCUGGGCACGGUGGGGAUGUGCAUCCUGACCAUGCAGAUUCUGGGCAUGGCCUUCUCCAUGACCCUCUUCCAGCACAUCCACCGGACUGGGAAAAAAUACGAUGCCUGAGCGGGCCGGCCGAACGCCCCGGCCCCGCGGACACUGUGCCAGGGGAGAGGCCUUCAGCUUGUGUUGCCUGCCCGCACCCUCCAGACCGCUGACCCCUGCGCCCGCCGCCCCGGCCCGCCUUCCCCGCCACCCGCUGCAACCUUCUCGGCGGGCGGAGGCCAGGGAGGAGAAGGCACAGAGACCUUGGGGUGCCGGGGCGCCCGGAUUCCUGUGCAUUUGCCAAAGAAGACAGGGUGGGCGGGGGGUGUGCUCUGGGAGCCCCCCGGCACCGGUGCGCUUCUGCCCUGUCCUUCCUCCGCUGACACUUUGUCCCUGCGUGGCGUGGGGCGGGAGGCGCAGGGCUCCCUCCCGGUGGAGACUGCCCGGCGGAGGCCCCCGCGCCCCCGGCCCCCCGGAGAGCGGGUGCGCGGGCGCGGGCGGGGCGGACCGUCUCCCGGCCGGGCCCCUGGAAACAUCUCGCCCAGGCUUUUUAUACCUUACAGUGUAGCUUUUCUAUUUUAUUUUACUCUGAUUACGAUUAUUCAGGAAUACUAUCUCUUGGAUAAGUUUAGGGUUAGCUUUCUGAUUUAUAACUUUUUACUGUGUUGAUUUCUGUAAUGGUUUGAUUUUCUUUCCGAGGGUGGGGACAGGCGGGGACAGGGCGUGUCCGCCCGGUUUCUGUCAGGACAGACCGCUGUGCACACUCAGGAGGCUCUCGCCAGGAUGCACUGAGGGAGGGGGAGCAGGGAGCCUGGGAGAGGCAGGGGAGAGGGGGGCACAGGAGGCCGCACGGGGCCGAGGCCUGCAGGGUGCAGCGUUUGCCGGGGCCCAGGCCGCGUUAGAGGCCAGGGCCGGGGGUCCUCUGGGGGCGCGGGUGCUUUGCUGGGAACGAGGCCGAGCGGUCGUGGGUCCUUAUGCGUCACUGCUGAGCAGCUCUUUUUCCAUUCUUCCUCCCUCCUGCCCUCUGUGGGCCCGGGAGGCUCCCUUCCACCCCUGCGGGCAUUCCCGCGACAGGUUCUGCAAACCCGUUAUUUCACAGACAUUCCUGCUAGAAACUCGUGGACAAAUACCUCUCUAGUUCAGAUGCUGCUCACUCUCUCACAUUGCUUCUGGAAGGGGAAGCGGUCCUUCCGUGGAGCUGCUCAGACAGCAGCAGAGGACCCACGACCACCAGAGGGAGGGCGGAGCCGUGAUCGGUCCAGCCAGAGUCACUCGGCUGCUGACUCCCUGCUGGGAGGGAGGGAGGGAUGUCCACCCGGGUCCCAGGACCCUCACCUCCUUCCUUGGGGUUCAUGGAUGCUGGGGUGACUGGUGAUCACGUCCUCUGUGACCCCAAGGAAGAGUACCGAAGACCCAAGAGAGGUCAGACGGGAUCCUGUUACAGUAGCCCCAGGACAAAGCAGCCUGAGUCAGGGCCUGGAGAUGGACAGUUGGGGGGCAUCCGCCCACAGCGAGGUGCCCCCACUAGGGUUCAUGCUGGUCUAAGCAAGUUGUGCAGUUAAAAAAAUAAGUCAAGAAUCCAUGGGGCUGAGCUUGGAAAGGUUCCCCACCAGCUGGUACUUCCCCAGGUGGGCCUCGCCUGGGCGCUGCCUUUGUUCUGCACUGUUUGGAUGGGUGCCCUGACCUCCCGGGGGGCCCUGUCUCCUCCCCAGCCUCCACCUGUCUGUUCCGAGAGCUGAGACCUGGCCACCCAGCCAGCAGCCCCCUUCUCCCCUUAAGUACAAGACGGUUGGGACCAGGAGUACAGAACUUUUGGUGUGUUCAGGAGUCGAGCUUUUGGGUGCGGGGGAGCGGAGAGUAGGGUGGUCUCAGCGAGUUGGGCAGAGUAGAGAACACCUCCUGAGACGGGAGUGGGCGUGAUCAUGGGAAAGCCUGUGGGCAGGGCUGUGGGUGGAGGCCACAAGGGACCGGCCCUCCCCACCCUCUGGCCCUGCCUUCCUGGGAAGGAGCUUCGGCCACCUCCCGGGAGCCCAGGUCUGCAGAGCCCAGAGCGGAUGCACCACCAUUCCACUGCGAGGGACCCUCCACAAACAAGCAUUCGAGUGGCACAGUGGGACUGCUGCAUAAUGGGUUUGUCUUGGGGGGUUGUUUAUGCCUAUCAAUGCAAUGUAAAAUUUUUGUUAAAAUCAACAGCAAAAGCCUAGCACCUUGGGGGUGUAUGGCCUCGCUAGCAUCUUGUUUCUGGAGCUUAAGGGGCGUCCUCCGGCCCUGGGGCCCUUGCCUCCGGCUCCCUCCUCCCGCCAGCCCCUGCCCCGUCCGUCUGUCCACAGAGCCUUGUCCACAGUCCCCAAAACUGCCUUCUCGCCUGACCCUGUGCUCGGCUGUUCCGUCAUUUGGCGAGUCCACACCAGGCGGCAGGCUCCGCGCACGGCGGCGGGGGGGCUCCUCCCAGCCCCUCGCCCAUCGUGCAGAGCGGUCCCCACCCCGCACAGAAGGCGUGCCGUGUGAUGUCCGUGAUGGGGCCCAGCACCUUCUCAGUUUCUCCCGACCCUGCUCUCGUGGGCAGCACUACCUGAGUGAAACCGCUCCCUGGCGACUCCCCUGCCAAGGUCACAGUUAGCUCAGUGGGGUCUGAUGCAGGUAGUAUACAGAGUUGACUCCCAAGGCCAAGGUCCUGCAGACGUCAGGGGAGUGCCUGUCUCCACUCGGCCUCUCUCUGCAGCCGUCUCGCAAGGGAGGUGAGCCAGCAGGGCUGAGCACGGCCCUUGGGGACCCCAGCAGGUGCCGACCCCUGUUCCCCUGCUGGAGACCCUCUCCUCUCUCCCCUCCAGCGUGGGCCUGCGUCGUGGCCUCUCACGCUGGAAAGGUCGCUGACCCACCCCAGACCCUCAUGCAGGUGUUCUGGUUUGACUUGGACCAGAUGGCCGUCCCUCCUUGCUUUGGUGGCCGAAGAGUGGUCCAGGUGGAUGGAAACGAUGUCCGCGCCUCUCCGGCCCCUGCCCACCGCUGGUGGAGGUGCUAACAGCAGGGACCCGGCCAGGACGGAGCGGGAGCCGGUACCUGAGGCCCACCCUGCCCCUCGGCCCUUCAGGGCCGGCCUCCUGUGUUCCCGUUCUCCCAUCCCCCCUCCGCCGCCGUGAGGCCAAGUCCAGGGCGUGUCCUCGCCUCGCCACGCUGACCGGGCCCCUCGAGGGCCAGGCCUGGGGCUUGUGCCCACACCCUGCCCGCUGGGGCAGCGUGGCCGAGCGGGGGGCACGCGUGCUGGUUUCAAAGCACUUUUCUGCUUGCGAUGCCAUAUCUGUGCGCUACCUUCAUCCUGGUCCUGGCUUACGGAACGCCAUGUUUUUAGCAUGUUUUUAAAUAAAAACUGAUAACGUGUCAAAAGCACAA